GAUGAUGAACACAUCAAGAAAAUAUCCGCAAGGGAGGCUGAGCGCAGUGCUGCGCGAGCCGAUUCUCUGAUUCCAGCCGUGUCAAAGACUCCCAGGUCCCCCUCCAUUCCGCCCACUGCGACCAGGUCGCUUUGGCCCGCGCCAGGGCGCUGAAUACUGAAUAGCAAGAUGAGUUAAAGUACACUUCUAUUUUCUACUCUGGAGCAUGGUAGAUAAUGCAGAGGUGUCAGAGGCGACCAAACUGACGCACCUGCACCGAGAGCUUGCAGCGAAGGAAGUGGAGGUUUGCGCCCUUCGCGAAAAGCUGCGCGCUUCAAACUUUGCUCAGCAAGCGCUCGAGAGCAGGCUCCUGGAGCUCGAACGUGGCGAGCUCAACGGGGAACAUCAAGACUCUCCAGAGACAGCGAUUCCACCAGUGCACGUGCUCGACCUUGAUACGCUUUGCUUGCCGCGCGACGUGGAGUUACGACUGGGCCUUGGGGUGGGUAGUGGAGUCGUCAGCGACCCGGCACUGCCGCCUGCGGCAACCGGUGGCUGGACCGUGCAACAGCGAUGCACGGGCCUGCCCGGCUCAGGCGAGGUGCACUGGGAGGCGCCUGCAGUGGCCGUCGCAACAGGGGACACCGGCACGGCAACAGGCGAUGUGGGGCAGCCUAUGCCGGCCGCCAGCAUCACUGCUGGCGCCGGCGGCUUGCAGGGCCCCACGGGUGGCCCUAGUCCCGCUCCGGCCCUGCGGGUGGUGACAUUGGAGAGCGUGCGGAGGGGGGCCGAAGCAGCCGGCGCAACGGUCACACUGGCGGUGGUCGAGGACAUGGGCGAGGGCGGUCCGCUGUCGCUGCUGGGGCGCUGGGGGCGGCGGGUGCUGUACGCCUCGCCGGCCUACGUGCGGCUGGUGGACGCGGGCAGCGAGGAGGCGGCCGUACGCGGCAUGGACGCGGCCAUUGCAGCCAACACAGCCAUACGGUCCAGCCUGGCGGGCUUUCUGAAGCUGCUGCUGGUGGGCGGCGACACGGCGCCGGCGCUGCUGCGCAAUGUGUACUACCAUCCCGACCGCCGGGCGGAGAUGGUGUUCAUGUGGGUCAUCCCGGUGCUGGUGGUGCAGGAGGCGCACGUGCGCCGCUGCCUGGACCGGGGCCGCACCCUGGAUGGAGCAGCUGGGCAGCGGCCCGCCCAGGCUGGGGUUUGUGAGCUACACGGACAAGGCAUCCUCACUGGCGCGGGAGGUGGAGAGCGGCCUGCGGGAUGCCUCAAGUACACGCCCACGCCGGUGACAAUGGUGGACGGCGAGGGCUUUGUGGUGAUGCAGAACGCGGCCAGCAUCACAAGCAUCGGCAUUCAGGGGUCUGAGGGACGUACGGCUGGCAGUUGUCGGCUCAACUACCUUCAGGAGCUGUUCGUGUCUGACCCAACCGCCAACGACGACAUGCGGGCAGUCACCUCCAUGGGCCGCACCUGGUCGCGGCGGCUGCGUGUCAGUGACAGCCCGCUGCUGCGCGCGUGGAUGCAGCUGGGGCCGACGGAGGAGCGCUGGCACGAGGUGGCCAUCUCGCGCUUUCGCGACCCCGCGUACCGAGCACCCGUCACCGCGUGCAUCGUUGCAGAGACGGACGUGACGGCGACGGUGCUUGCGGAGCGGCGGGUGUUGGCACUGCAGCGGCAGCAGCAGGCGCUGCUGCGCGAGAUCCUGCCACAGCAGGUCAUUGAUGUGCUGCUAUGUCACCUGGAGGCGCCGCCGGACGAUAGCACAUCACCCUUUUGCAGCGAUGAACACAUGGCUCAGGAGGGCUUGGCAGCCGUGGCUAGGUGUUCAGGCUCAGGGAUGGGGAUACCCAUGACGCGACAACAAGCGGCCCUUGCACGGUCGCGGACGGAUCCGGUGGCUGCACUAGGGCUGCACGCAGCCGGGCCCGCGCCGGGUCUAAUGGACGGAGGCAGCAGCGUCAGGCCUCGCUGCGACAUACCGGCAGGGCGGUCGUUCCCGGCUUGCGCCGCAUCUGUUGAAUCCGGCUCUCUUUGCAGCAGCGUGGUCAAUAGCAGCUACACCGCAGCCGGUUUGCCGGCGGGCGGAGCUGUUGAUGGCGCGAACCGCUUCCUGGCUGCGGCCGCGGCGUCGGGUGCUGUCAUGCCGGAGGGAGCCGGCAGCGGGAGGCCGCGACACUUGCGCGGGUGCGCGUCCGUCGGCGGUGAAACGCCUCCGCACCAUCCAGCAACCGCCACGCUAUGUGGAGCAGGUGUGGGAGACACGAUGAGGGAAGCGGCUCAACUAGAGAACGAUUUGGCCGGCCCGGCAGGCAGCAUAGCCGAGUCUGUAGCACACCUGGGGGAGCGCAGCCUCAAUGGUGGAUGGCAGCAGGUCAGCGGCAGCCCAGCUCUGGGCGACAGCGACGAUGUCGGGCGCAGCGGCGGUGCAGCUGGGGAGGCGGCGAACCCUGACAGGCGGAUGCUGCGGGGCACGAGCAGCGCCGGCUACAGUGACUGCAGCGGGCGGGGGCUCAGUCGGCGUGAUGUGAUGGCUUUGGCGACCUGGCACGAGUCCGUUACCGUGGUGUUUGCGGACGUCGUUGGCUUCACGUCCAUGUGCCAGCAGCUGCACCCCGCCCGCGUCAUGGCCUUCCUGGACGACCUGUACAAUGCAUUCGACCACCUGCUGGACCACACCGGCUGCUACAAGGUGGAGACCAUUGGAGACUGCUACAUGGUUUGUAGCGGCCUCUUGGGCCGGCCGCCCUCCCCCCGCCUGAGCAGCAGCCAACACGGCCGCCCCCCGGAGGGAGCUGUUGCAAUCGGACACCCGUCGGGAGAAAACGGGGGAGCGCCAGAAGCAUGGGGUGGCAGCGGUGGCCUACCGGAGCAGGCCCCUGCCCCGCCACAGCUGGGUGGCUUUGACCCGGACCACGCCUCACACGCGCUGGAGUUUGCAAAGGGCCUGGUGCAGGUGGCGUCAAGCGUUCUGACGCCGAUGGGCGCGCCGGUGCAGAUGCGUGUGGGACUGCACAGCGGCUCGGUGGUGAGUGGCGUGGUGGGUCGGCGGAUGCCCCGCUUCUGCCUCUUUGGCGACACCGUCAACACGGCCAGCCGCAUGGAGAGCACGGGCGCCCCGGGGCGCAUCCACGUGAGCGAGGCCACACGCGCGCUGCUGCUGGGGGAGCGCUGGGAGCCGCGCGGCACAGGCAUCGACGUCAAGGGACGAGGCCGCAUGCAGACGUACUGGCUGUGGGACGGCAUAUCCGGUUCUGGAGGGUACAGCGGUGGCGGCAGCGGCAGCGCCAACCUGCCCUCGCGAAGUGGCUCUGGGGCAAUUCCGGCCGCGCCGGCGAGUGAUGAGCCUGAGGGAUCGGGCAGCGGCAGGGUGGCCUCAGCGGCAGUCCAGUAGGCCGUGUAGCCCAGCACGGAAAGCACAGUGUGGGGGGCAAUAAAAGAGGUCUUGCACGUCAAUGCACCAUUUGACUCGUUUCAAGCUUGUGUCGGAUUCAUGCAUUCGGGAUUGCACGGACGUCGAGUGGCUGUGUGCCUGAAGGCCAUUGUAUGCGCCGAAGAACUUAAGCCGGAUUGCGAAGAGCACUGUAUGUAUUCAGAAUGGAGAUAUUGUACAUAAGAUGUUCGAGAGAAACCAGCAACAUGAGUCAGUAUCGGUGAUGAGUAGAACUGGCAUGGCAUGCAGAUCUACCUCUGGGCUGGCGUGCGGGCCAGGUAUUCGUCUGUGGGUACCCAUGUCGCGUGUGCCGGGCCUGUCAUGCGACGGCAUGUCGCGGUGUUCAUACUUACAGUUAAAACAUGCUGCAGAUGUGUGUUUACACUAUGUUGGCGCACGCCGUUUCCCCUCACAAAGUGAUACCGAAGCAGCCCCAUGCUGCCAUGCAUCAGCACACCGCACAAUGAUUUCAACUGAAGGGUGGGGCGCGCGCCUGGCGUGCGCACAACUGUUGAGAGUAUUUGGCCCCCGGCUGUCUGUUCAGUUUGACCGACCGGCGACUGGGGCUGUUGAUGGACUGGCCGGGAGGCGGCACAGGGCGACGACGAGUGACUAACGGAGCUUGACGCGUGUUUAGCCAGGUUGCUGUCAUGUUGGUAGCGCGCUAGCUCCACUGCUGGUGCGUUUCAGCUGGUGUGCAGCAAGCGGACCGAUGGAGAGGAUUAAUUGAAACUGGUGGAGGAGCAGAUGCAGGCUGUGGGUGGAUGGGUGUGAACGGGCGGGCGCCGGGCGGUUGGGAUCGGUGGGCCCAAUAUGGUAUCGCACAGGGCGCCGUGGCCACAACGUCCGAAGUGAUAUUCGUCAAUUUCUGGCGCCUUGGCCAAGCCGGUCUCACCCGGGGCGUGCCCAUGCACACGACUUUGUCCAAAGCCCAAACCACCCCAAACGCCAGUGCCAGAUUGCAUUGGUUACAAGAGGGACCUACUGACGCAGUUCACGAGCCAGUGACGUGGAGAACGAACACCCUGCUCUGGACCCCCGAUAUGU